UGCUUACAAGCCAAAUGAUCUGACGCUUUCAGUGUGUAUACUAGGAUAAUUUAAUGUGUAUAAUCUAAUUUUUAUUGAUGGCUUAUUAAAAAUCUAUAACAAUUGUGGCAUUAUAUUUUACAACAAAUUGUACAUUUGAAAGUAUUUGCUAAAUUCAUUCAAGAUGGCGAUGGCUAUGUUACAGCGACGUGCUAAUGUAAGAUUACCACCAGAAGUUAAUAGAGUUUUAUAUAUUAGAAAUCUUCCAUAUAAAAUUACAGCUGAAGAAAUGUAUGAUAUUUUUGGUAAAUAUGGAGCUAUAAGACAAAUAAGAGUAGGCAAUACAGCUGAAACUAGAGGAACAGCUUUUGUUGUCUAUGAAGAUAUUUUUGAUGCAAAAAAUGCAUGUGAUCAUCUCAGUGGUUUUAAUGUGUGUAAUAGGUACUUAGUUGUAUUAUAUUAUCAAAGUAAUAAGGCCUUUAAACAUGUAGAUAUUGAAAAAAAAAUGGAAGAAAUAGAUAAAAUCAAAACAAAAUAUAAUCUCGAUGAUAAAAAAUAA